ACUACAUAUGAAGCCGAAGAAGAAGAAGACUUGGUUUUCCUUCAGUUUGUUGACGGUAGAGUGUAGAAGGGAACAUAAAUAUGAAUGAAGCUUCAUACUGUACUGUGGUGGACAGAGAUAGUCAGUCUAAAUUCCUUUGCUGUACCCGCAGAAAAGACGGAAUAUUUACUAUCUGUUUGACAAAUGCUGCUGAUGUUUGGAGAAUAGAGUACACUGAGGACGCACUCCAGCACUUUAGACAAAAGUUUGCCUUGAAAUCUGCAGAAGAUUAUAUCGUUAAACUCAGGUCGUCCUGCAGCUGUGGUGCUGUGUCUGUUGCAGUGCGUGACACCAGUGCAGAACUCCAUUUAGGCUCCAGUCCAGGCAAUCUGAGUGUGACCCUCUCCAGGCUUGAAGGCCCACAGGCCACAGAAGAGCUGAGAGACCUGCUGUUCAGUAUGGCUGACAGCCUGACACAACUUGACAGUAGACUUCCCUCUGUCAGUCCACUAAAAAAUCACCACAGGGGGCCUCCAGAAUUUGAGCCCCGCCAGCAGCAGAAUAGCGCUCCAUCAGUGACGGUGAAGAGGCGGCUUCCAGGGGCUUCACUCAUCAACCCCGGAACUAAAAAAAAGCUGAAAGCAACUGGUGUGGCCUUUGAUGAUGCAGAUGAGGACUGAUCCCUUUUCUGCUUCAUGCUCUGACAUUCCUGCUGCACCACCAGUGAUGAGCGUUGUAAAAAAUGUGUGUAAAAUAAUCUGUCCCAGAUACCAAGCUACUUAUCUGAAAUAUGCUCAAAACUAAUUGGAAGCAAUUUAAUCUUUAUUUCAUGAUCAGAAUAAAUUCAUUCAGUGGUUUACAGUUGGCUCUCUGUCGUUGAUGGACAGGCUUGUCCAUAGCCUCUCACCACACGAUCCUCAGAUCUGUCUGUUUCAGGUACAGAAAGAGAAACCCUCCCUAUUAGGAAUUUUAGGUCUUCAUUAUCAGCCACAGUCUAUUAUUGCGGUCAUCAUGAACAUAGUAGCUGUAGUCUAAUCCCGCAGUCAUGUGUUAUCAUUAAUUUGGGCGACUAUCUCUGUCCUCAUGUAUUUUAUCAGUUUUAGGCUCGUCCCAUGAUGUUAUGUCUUAGAGUGGCCUUGAGUAUUGUGUAAGUGUGUUUAUGAAAUUAUGUGUCUGCAGCGCAUGUUCAUGUGUCUGAUGUGUCUUGAGUGUAAGCUGGUGUGCUUUUCCCUCUGACCUGGUGCUAUUCAACUUUGUUUUAUCCCAAUUUACAUAGUGUGAGAUAAUGUUCAAGACCCUCUCAUUCAUUCACAAAUCAACACAACUCUUUUGUGUAGCAUCUAAUGCAAUGUGUGUAUCAGUAUUAAACCACAGUAUGUUUAACAGAAACUUUAAAAAUAAUAAAUCUUAACAUUGUGGCCUCUGUAAACCACCACAACGGAUUUGCAGUGAAACAGUCAAGAUCUGCUUUAAGUGCAGACGUUCACCUUUAAUUUGAAAGUAUUUACAUCCAGAUCAGGUGGAGGAAUUACAACACAUUUCAUAUUUGCCCUCCACCUUUUUAACCCUUUGAUGACAUGGGUCAACAGAUAGCCAUGUUGCACUGCAUAUGGGUCACUUUUGACCCGUGCUGCGCAUCAAAGGGUUAAGGGACCAAAAGUAACUGGACAAUUGGUUGCUCAGCUUAUAAUCUGUAAGUCUGCACUGUAUUGAAGGGGACUGUACAGUAACUACUGAUGCAUAAUGUGCACUUCAGUGGACUGAUGAUUGCUUGUGUUUUAUUUCCUAAACUAAAUCUUCAAAAGCAUUGCGGAAUGGAAUAAAAGGCUUUUAUCUGG